GACUAGUUCACUCCCACUUCUGUAGAAAGAUCCACAACCAAGACAGGAGAUCAGCACGUUCUCCUGUUGCUAUCUCUGGAUUUCUGUCAACUUUGGACUCUUUUUAGAGGGAGGGGCUCAGAUUUUGUUAAAAUACAUUAAAACUAUUUACAAGCCUGAUAGUUUCAAAGAAAAUUCCAGCGUGGGAACAGACUGCUCCUGAAAUGGGCUUUAGGAAGGAACUAUUCAUACUGGGGUUUGUGUGUUUGCUGAAGUCUUGUUUAUGUGAAUCAAGAGAAGAAAGUGGAAACUGUGGAGAAAAGUGCGUGGAAGACGAGUGUGGAAAAUAUUCAACGUGCAUCAAUACGAGCUGCGGCUACCACUGUUUGUGCAAUGACGGGUUUGAAAAUUCAAAAGGGAUUCGUGAAUUCAAAUUUCAGGAGGGGCAGUGCCUUGAUAUCAACGAAUGUGCCAAAAAUAAAACCAUUUGUGGUCACAUGGCUAAAUGUAAUAAUAUGAUCGGGGGCUACAAUUGCAAGUGCAACUUUGGGUACAUCAAAAGAAGUAACGACAGCAUCGCACCUCAGUGUGAAGAUAUAGAUGAAUGCAACGAAGCCGAGAAAAACCAUGAAUCCAUUUGUGGUGUUAAGGGAACUUGUAAGAACAUUAAUGGGAGUUAUUGGUGCAAAUGUCCAAAAGGAUACACCAACUAUGACAACGAAAGGACGCCAUGCUCAAAGCUCAACUGUGACAGCUUCUCUGUCAGAAAUCCUUCACAGUCACUUGGAGGCCUGGCAGACAUAUUGUCCAUGAUGAAAAACAGCUGUUUGGCUUUAUCUGACUCAACGGUUCCUGGUGAAGGGAAGGCCAAUGGAGAGGCGCUGCUAGAGAAACUUUUGACAGCGACCGAUUCGAUUCUGUCUCCUGGACCUGUGAUAACCAGUGCAGAUGUGAGCGGGCUGCUCGGUACCAUGGAGAACUCCAUUUUACUGAUCGGUCCUCAGCUCAAAGGCAACGGCACCAAGAUGGGGACCACUGAGAUGGAUGCACAAAUCGCUGUUCAAAGAGGAAAAACCCGACCAACUGGACCGCUUCAUCUGACCAAUGAAUUUGCCAGUUUGAACACCGACUGGACAACAGCAGCGGGGACGGGGCAAUACCCUGGUUUUGCUCUGGCGGCAUUGUUGAGCUACAAGAACCUCGAGGGAUCAAUGAACAGGUCUUUUGAGGAGAUUGAAAAAGAAGAUGAAAAAGAAGACGGGUCUUUCCAGAUUUUCUCCAAAAUCGUUUCUGUUGUGGUUUCCAACCCGUCCACUCAGAACCUGAGCAGCUCGGUCAACAUCACCUUCGGACAUCUAAGGGACAUGGAGGAGUCCCGUGAGGUGAGCUACAUGUGUGCGUACUGGAAAGAAAGCGGAGCCUGGUCAACAGAUGGUUGCUCUCAGCUACACUCCAAUGCCACACACACUGUGUGUACAUGUAGACAUCUGAGCAGCUUUGCUGUGCUGAUGGCCCUUUACCCCGUGGAGCCUGACUACGGACUAGAAAUGCUGACCAAGAUCGGACUCAGCCUGUCGCUGGUGUGUCUGGUUCUGAGCAUCCUGACGUUUAAAUUCUGCCGAUCCAUUCAGGGGACUCGCACCACCAUCCACCUCCAUCUCUGCAUCUGCCUUUUCAUGGCUGACCUCGUCUUUCUGGUUGGCAUUUCUCAAACUGAACCUGAGGGAGGCUGCAGGUUUGUCGCUGGGUUGCUCCACUUCUUCUUCCUGGGUGUGAUGACCUGGAUGCUUUUAGAAGGUGUGCAGCUGUACCGCAUGGUCGUCCUGGUGUUUAACGCCACCAUCCGGCCCCUCUACCUGUACCUCUUUGGUUAUGGGAUCCCUCUGGCCAUCGUUGUGUUGUCGGCCAUCAUCAGACCAAAGGGAUACGGCACUAAGCAACACUGCUGGCUGUCCCUGAAGGAUGGUCUCAUCUGGAGCUUUUUCGGGCCUGUGUGCUUCAUCAUCAUCCUCAACAUCUUCUUCUUCAUCAUCACUGUCUGGAGGCUUGCACAAAAGUUCACCACACUCAACCCAGACCUCUCCAAGCUGCACAAAAUUAGAGCUUUCACAGUGACUGCCGUGGCCCAGAUGUGCAUCCUGGGCCUGAUGUGGGUGUUCGGGGCCUUCUUGUUUGAUGAGGGCAUGACAGUGGUGGAAUACUUUUUCACCAUCCUCAACAGCCUGCAGGGUGUCCUGGUCUUCGUCAUGCACUGCCUGCUGUCUAAACAGGUGAGAGAUGAGUAUGUCCAGUUCCUGUCCUGCAUCUGCACACCACAGACGAAGAGAUACUCAGAUUUCAGCAGCACAAAUCCCUCCAGCAGCCAGUCGCAAGGUUCCCGGAGUGGGCAGCACACCGGAGAAUCCCAAAUCUGAAGAACUUGACCUUCAUCACUGCCUCAAGGACAGGUUAUCACACCUUUUUUAUGGCUAAAUGUCCCAUUUUUAAAACUCUCCAACCCACCCCUUCAAAAUAAACCUCUGUGAUUUUUGUUCACUAGUCGGAAAAUGAAGCACUGACUCUGCAGCCAGAUGAAGUUAUUACAGUCAAAUAUUGAAUUGCUUAAUAGAUUUCAUUAGAAGGAUUGGGAAUCAAAUUUUACAUCAAAUAUGACCAACAGAAAUGGGAAAUCGUUUUAACUGCAGAUUACGUUAACAGUCCAAACAAAUAUUUUUUUGUUUAAAACAAAAAUAUUUAUUGAAAUUUUACAUUAAACCUGAAAAAUACGACUGUUCUUUAGGUUUAUACUCUUUUUUUUGCAUCAAGAAGCGCCCCCUGCUGGUCAUAGGAAAAAAAUACAAAUCUAGAUAUUUCUAACGGGCUUUGGGUGUGAGAAUGUGUUGCUUGUUAGCUAAAGUAAAGAAUUUUUUUUUACUUUAAAUUUCCUUUGAACUUUAGCAUAAGUUGUUUUAUAUAUUUAAUUAUAUAUUUAAAGUUUAUGGUACUGGCAGCAAGAAGCUCCUACUUAACUUUAAAGGGAGACACAACAGAAGCACAACAGUUAAACAGCAGACUUUUCACAUGAUAGCAAACCAGGCCCAGUAUUGACCAGAACAUUGGAUAUUUACCUUUUGAUUUGAGCGAUCCUCCUCACUGACACUCCUGUCGAACACCUCCCAUCACUAGAAAGAACUCCUUAAACAAUAAACUAAAUGAAAUCAGCUGUUAUUCAUGAGCUAUGGCGGUCAGCUGAUCCACAUAUCACUUCUAUUAUAAGCUGUUUUGCCUUUAGAGGGAUUAAAAGUGAGCUUUUAUUGCUGUAUUUAUUUUAGACUUUAGACGUUGACAUGAUUGUGAGCAAAUAUUUUGUACUAUAUUUUUUAUAUAAAUUUAAAUGUUACAUGUAAAAAUAGGUUUGUUUAUUAUUUCGAGAUGUACUGUAUUUAAAGUAUUAAAGUUUUUUGUUUAUGGUUGACCAAAUAGUUUAAAGAGAGCAACAAAAUAAGUGAUGUUUAAUUUCUGAAUCACUUAUGGCUAUUUUCAACAUCCCCAUCGGAGCUGUGCUCUUUUCACUUUUACUUUUCUGAACCAAGUGGACAAAUAUGGGACACAGCAGUUUGCGUAAUUAACUAAGCAGACCCACCCUGCUGAUAGGGCUGCAGCUUCCUUCUAUCCAGUGAUGUUUAUCCCACAAAAAUCUGUUUGUUGUUGUUUAUUUUAGAAGUACUGUAAGACUGCAGCCCUGAAAUGUUGAGUUAAUGGGAUUUGUACCUAUGUGAAUUUAUUUAAAUGCACUUUUCUGUUGAAUAAAUGAUUAUUCACUCAUGUACAAAAACUCAAAAAUACAAAAUCUGAUUUAUAAGAACUGAUCAAGUCAAAGUGGUUUGAAAAAUCCAUAUUUUAAUAGUUUUUAUUUCUUUAUUUUUUUAGUUUGUACAUGUGACUGAACCUUUAUGCUUUUAUCAGUACUUUGUGAUAUUUUACUGCAAGAAAAUGCUUUUAUGUAAAGAAAAAGCCAAAUACACAAAGGAGCUUUUCGUGAAUGUAAAAACGAUUGUUAUUAGAGUGAACUGUGGUUAAAAAUGCUUUUUUUUUUUUUUUUUUUUUUUACUUUGCCUACUUGUAUUUUUGUAAAUAUUCACCAGUGAGUUAAUUAAAGCUUCGUCUUAAAACCUCUA